GUCAUAGCCAUCAACAAACCGCCCGCCAUAAGCUCAGCGCAGGUCAUCCGCGAUGUGCAAGAACAUUUCAAUCCAUCCAAACUCUUCCGUCCAUGGCUCGAUCGCGAACAGGAGAGAAAUGCAUCACUGCCGCCACAACAGCAGAAACGGCGAAAAUGGAAAGGCCGGAAGCAGAGGGACGUCAAGAUGGGGCAUGGUGGUACAUUAGAUCCAAUGGCAACCGGCGUGCUGAUCCUAGGUGUCGGUGCUGGAACGAAAGAGCUUGGCCAUUUUUCGACGGAGUGCACCAAGAGCUACGAGACAGUCGUUCUAUUCGGCGCCGCAACAGAUACAUAUGAUACCGAGGGCAAGAUCGUGGGUCGAAAAUCGCACGAGCACGUUACGAAGGAGCAAGUUGAGCAAGCACUAGCACAGUUCAGAGGCAAGGGCAUGCAGAAACCGCCCAUCUUUUCUGCUCUACGAGUGCAAGGAAAACGGCUCUACGAAUAUGCGCGUGAAGGAAAGCCACUGCCAGACGGCUAUGAGAUCGAAGAACGUCCAGUGGAAGUUAGCGAGCUGGAAAUGAUGGAGUGGUAUCCAGGAGGCACGCAUCAAUGGCAUUGGCCCGAUCGUGAAGCCGACACCUCGGAGAAGAAGCUUGCAGAACAAGCCAUGCACCUGGAGAGCGAAACUGCAAGCUCUACUGCAGCACCAAAUCCUAUGCCAGCAACUAUCACGCGAUUAUCGACUGCGGAAGGAGCUCAGCCUGAUACAGAAGUGGCCCAGCCUCCAAAGGACGAUGCCCAGCCUGCAACGUCAGACACGCCACUCACCACCAAGCCUUCUGAAGUCGAAGUCGAAUCCGAGGCCAAUCGGGAGCCUGAAUCUCAACCUCAGGAGACCAUCACGACUCAGAUACAGCGUUGUCCAGCUCCAGCCGUGCGGCUACGGAUGACAGUGACAUCAGGCUUCUACGUCCGGUCACUAUGCCAUGAUCUAGGAGCUGCUGUUGGAUCACUAGCCAUGAUGAGUGAGCUCUCAAGAACAAGGCAGUCCGACUUUGACCUAAGAAGUAAUGUGCUGCAGUACGAAGAUCUCAAGCAGGGAGAAGAAUUCUGGGGUCCGAAGGUACAGAAGCUGCUUGAAGAUUGGCAGAACAGGAAGACUCGCAGCAGUUAG